GUUCACUCCCCUCUCAAACCUUAAGCGAAUCAAUAGCGUAAGGUACCUUCUACUCCACUCCACCCGUCCCGUCCAGUUCCCCGGCUCUCGCUCAGUCAUGCGUCGGGCAAGUAUGUGAAUCUUGCCUCAAUCGCAAGGCUGCCCCUCAGUCUUUCCACCCCAACUACGUAGUAGUUCCGACAACCACCUCACGCAACAACAUCCAUGUCCUGAAAUGCACCAUGUCGACAGGUAAACGCUCGAGAGCCACAUACGAAGCGGAUCUGAAGGCCCAGCAAUCCCCUUUCGUGGCGUAUGGGAUGGCGCUUCCGCCGCUGGACGAUAAUGUGAGGGAUGAUGGGAGUUAUGUCCCCGUUUGGAAGCAGGAGGUUAGGGAUGAGAGGGGGUUGAAGAGGUUGCAUGGGGCGUUUACGGGGGGGUUUAGUGCUGGGUAUGUUUGUGCCUUUUUGGGGUUUUGGUUGGUUUAUUCGGGGGGAGGGGUGCAGAGGGGAGGGGUUUUGGGAUUUGACACUUGGGAUUGAGAUCUGGGUAUAUGAGGGAACUAACAAGAGUUUUGAAUAGAUACUACAAUACUGUUGGUUCCAAAGAGGGCUGGACGCCCUCUACCUUCGUCUCCUCUCGUACGAACCGAAAGAAGGAUGCACCCGCACCAGCGCCCCAGCGACCGGAGGAUUUCAUGGAUGAGGAGGAUAUUGCAGAUGCGGAGGAGGCUCAGAGGGUUCAGACUACAGAUGGCUUCUCCGGGCUGGGAACGACAGCUGAUGAGAAUCUAAGGAGGGGAGGAUUGAUGGGUCUUUUGAGGGUGGAGGGGGAGACGAUGGGGAUGAAAUUGUUGAAGAGGAUGGGGUGGAAGGAGGGGCAGGGAAUUGGUCCGAAGGUUAGGAGAAAAGCGAGGUUGGAUGGUAAGGUGGAUGAUGGGGAGAUGCAUUUGUUUGCCCCCGAGAAUACGAAGAUGAUUGGGUUUGUGAGGAAGAAUGAUCAUAAAGGUCUUGGGUUUGAGGGCGAGGCGAAGCUUGAGGAUGUUGUUGGACGGACUGCGGAGGUUGUGAAGUCUGAUGAUGAGGAUGAGGGGCCACAAAUGGCAUUGGUUGGGCCAAAGAAUACCAAGAAGAAGAGACCUGUAAGAGGUGGCAUUGGAAUUGGGAUUCUGAAUGAUACGGGUUCAGACGAUGAAGAUCCCUAUGAAAUCGGUCCACGAAUAUCUUACAAUCGCGUUAUUGGAGGAGAAAAGAAGAAGAAGAAACCAGUCAAUGGAUCUCUCAACCCAUUAUUGAAGGCAAAACCAGUCUUCAUAUCAAAGAAAUCCGCUAUGGCUAAAGCAUCAACCGGUUUCCGAAAAUGUCAUGAUGGUCGUUUACCUCUAGACGGAUUCAUAAUAAGUACCAACGACGAAUUCUCAUCUCUCCUUGAUUCAGCAACGAAAUAUCAACCCUCUUCAAUACCACCAGAAUGGAAAUCCUCAAAACAGCCUCGAGCGGGUGCUGCUACGACAUCCUUCCUAUCUACAGCCGACGCAGCGAAACUCUCAAAAUUAGAUCCAAAAUCCAGAGCUGCGAUUCUCGGCGAAUCAUCACUCCCAGGGAAAUCUGUAUUCGACUUCCUCACCCCUGCCGCACGAAAUCGUCUCGCUUCCACAACAGGAAAAAUGAAUCUUCCCCCCGCGUUAGGCGAGAUACCAGCGGGAUAUAGCAUGACAGAAGCAGAACGAGCACAAGAACUCCAAUCUCAAAUCCCUAAGGUUGAGAGGUCUACAGCUGAAGCAGCUCUCAGUCGCGGCGCAAGCGGAUUCAUGCCGUACGGUGAAGACGAAGGGAAGCGAGGACGGUACAGAGCCUAUCUCGAGGUUCAAGUCGGGCUUAAUCCCCAUCCGCUAGAACGUACCCCUGGGACAAGCAAGGAGGACUGGCUAAAAGAACUACGCGAGUUUGCGAAUUGCGCGCAGAUCUUCAAACCGAUGAGCGGGAUGAUGGCGACGAGGUUCACAUCCUCUACUUCUGCGCCUCCCGCAUCUUCUUCAGCCUCAUCGAAUAUACCUGGGGAAGCGGACUUACUUCGCAAACCUGACAUUAAAUCUACCCCUGAGGAUCCGGCCGAACAGGCUGCCAGGAUGGGUAUGUACGGACCUAUGACGAGGAGUACGAGGGAUUGGCUACCGACCAGGUUGCUGUGUAAGAGGAUGGGUGUGCAGCCGCCUAGGAAUGUACAGCCUGGGGCGACGGAACAUGACGAGGGCCCGUUGAGAAAUCCGGCUCCGGAUUUGGUUUCGAAGAGCAAGGUUGAGGAGAUGAUGAUGCAUGGUGGGAGGAAUUGGAGGGAUGAGUCGGGGUCUGGAGUGGGAAGUAGGGAGGUGGAGAUGCAAGAUGUGCCAUCUGUGACAACUGUCAAAGAAACCGUUAUUGAUACCGAGAAGAACGAGGCGCUUGAGGGGGAACGGGCUGGUGAGGCGGUUUUCAGGGCGAUUUUUGGGGAGGAUAGUGAGGAUGAGGAAUAA